AUGGCGAACGUCGACGAAACCGUUGCCAAUGUGCAACGCAAAAUCGACCGCGAGAGGGCCCUCAUCAAUGCCGCCAAUGCCAUGCGCCAGUCCACCAACAACCCGGCCGUACUUUCCCGUCUCGAUGGACAGAUCAAAGAUGGCCGCCGGAACAUCGACUACUUCGAGUCCAAGCUGCGGGACUUGGACGUGCAGAGGACGUCCACCGGCAUGGAGAAUAUGAGUCUGCAGCCAGGUAGCCGUGGCCCCAACAACCCGCUGACGCCUCCCCCGAAAGACGGCUGGAACGGGUACAUGCAGCAAGACCAGGGCGGCUAUGGAGGCCCUCAAAGCCAGUAUAGCCAGCUUAGUGGCGGAGAAGCUCUACAGCCUCCUCGCGCGCCAUAUGCUCCGCCAGCACCCGGCGCGCCCAACAAGCGGCCCAACUACAGCAAACUGGACCUCAUCAAAUAUGACACCCCGCAUCUCGGCCCCCGCAUUCAGCUCAUGCUGUCCCAGCUCGAAUUCAAGCUCAGUGUUGAAAAGCAGUACAAGGACGGAAUCGAGAAAAUGGUGCGGUUAUACCAGAUGGAAGGCGACCGCAAGAGCAAGCAAGAUGCCGAGGCCAAGCGUAUCGAGAGUAACCAGAAGAUUCAGCUGUUGAAGCACUCAUUGAAGCGUUACGAGGAUCUCCAUGUCGACAUUGAGGGCGAUGCUGGCGGCGAUGACGAUAGCUUGAACAUCCCAAGUCAAAGAAAACCUUUGAGCGGUCACCUUUCCCUACGCGUACACGCCGUCGCCGAUGUCGACCACGCAGCCACUGGGCGCUUUAGUCGAGGCCCAGAAACUUUUGUCAACAUCAAGGUCGAAGACGCAAUCAAGGGUCGUACAAAGCCCACAAGGAACGACCGUUGGACAGACGAAGUCCACGACUUUGCCAUUGACAAGGCCAACGAAAUCGAGAUCACUGUAUACGACAAGACGGGCGACCAUCUUCUGCCCAUCGGCAUGCUUUGGGUCCGCAUAUCAGACAUUGCUGAGGAAAUGCGAAGGAAGAAGAUUGAGACGGAGCUUGCAAACUCCGGCUGGGUGGCUGCCGACAAGAUGGGAGGCGCAGCUGGCAUUCAACCCGAUAUGCAGUUCCAACCGCCACCAGGACAGAACUUUUCAGGCGCCGGUUCUGGCCCCGGGGGUGCCCCAGGUGUUGCAAGACCGCAGGGUGGUCCUCAGCCCCAGACUGGUCCCAUUAUGAUUGACGAUUGGUUCUCGCUGGAGCCGGUAGGUCGUAUCCACCUUACCAUGUCCUUUGCCAAGAACACCGGCAACAAGCAGCCUUUCGAUCUUGGUCUUGGUCGUAAAGGUGCCGUUCGUCAGCGUAAAGAGGACGUCGUUGAGCAAUACGGACACAAGUUCGUCCAGCAGCAGUUCUACAACGUCAUGCGUUGUGCUCUCUGUGGAGAAUUCCUCAAGUAUGCCGCUGGUAUGCAAUGCUCAGACUGUAACUAUACGUGUCACAAGAAGUGUUACCCCAAGGUUGUCACCAAGUGUAUCACUCAGUCCAACGCCGAAACCGAUCCAGACGAGGCCAAGCUCAACCACCGCAUUCCCCAUCGCUUCGAAAACUUUUCCAACAUGGGCGCCAAUUGGUGCUGUCACUGCGGUUAUGUCCUUCCCCUUGGUCGGAAGCAAACCAAGAAGUGUAACGAAUGUGGUCUCACCUGUCACGCACACUGCGUUCACUUUGUACCCGACUUCUGCGGUAUGUCGAUGGAGGUGGCUAAUCAGAUUUUGAUGGAAAUCAAAAAGGCGAAAAGAGGUCAAUCAUCGUCAGGCCCAAGUAUGAGCCAACGAACCCUACGAGAGAAGCCGUCAAAACCUCUGCCACCAGCGCAACCACAAUCACCUGGCCACCCUGGACAGGAGCAAGCACAGUCUGACAGGUACUCUUACGGUAAAGAGCAAAUGAGUCCUCCACCAGGCCCUCCACGACAACAAUCCUAUCCUACAUCGGCAGCGUCAAUCGAUGCGGCACGGGCAUCUUUCUCUACGUCUGGAUCUUCUGCCGCUCCCACAUCGCCUACUGCAAGUUCGCGACCCUCAUCAGGCCCACGCACUCAGUCUUCCGUGGCUGCGGCUGCAGCUGCCAUGAACAAGACUGCAGCUCAGCCUGCCUAUGGCCGUAGUAACACCGACUACCAGCCGCAGAGCGGAAGGUCAUCAGGUAGCGGAUACCCAGCAGACCAGCGCAUACCACAGCAACAGGCUCCUCAACCAGCUACCUACGACCCAUCGGCCUAUGCGAACAUUCCCAACUACCCACCGAGCCAUCAACAGCCUGCACCAAUGCCAUCUUACCCGCAAAAGUCUUCGUACCCGCUACCACAACAACCGCCACAGGCACAACAGCAGCCUCCGCAGCAGAAGAUGCAAGAACCUCCAGCGCCCGCGAAACAACCCCCCUCCGCAGUGAUAGAGGCACCAGGAAAGAAGGUCACGCCUGCAGCCAACACACAAGGAACUGGAAAGAGGAUAGGCUUGGACCACUUCAACUUCCUCGCGGUCUUGGGUAAGGGUAACUUUGGAAAAGUCAUGUUGGCAGAGACAAAAAGCACCAAGCAGCUUUACGCUAUCAAGGUUCUGAAGAAGGAGUUCAUCAUUGAGAAUGACGAAGUAGAGAGCACGCGCUCAGAGAAGAGAGUCUUCUUGAUUGCCAACAAGGAGAGGCAUCCGUUCCUACUGAGUCUGCACGCAUGUUUCCAGACCGAGACCCGUGUGUACUUUGUCAUGGAGUACAUCAGUGGUGGUGAUUUGAUGUUGCACAUUCAGAGAGGCCAAUUCGGCACCAAGCGCGCACAGUUCUACGCGGCUGAGGUCUGCCUCGCACUGAAGUACUUCCAUGAGAACGGUGUCAUCUACCGAGAUCUUAAAUUGGAUAACAUUCUACUCACUCUAGAUGGACACAUCAAGAUUGGUGAUUACGGUUUGUGCAAGGAAGAGAUGUGGUACGGAUCAACCACCAGUACCUUCUGUGGUACUCCCGAAUUCAUGGCACCAGAGAUUCUUCUCGACAAGAAGUACGGCCGAGCAGUCGACUGGUGGGCUUUUGGUGUUCUCAUCUACCAGAUGCUUCUCCAGCAAUCGCCCUUCCGUGGUGAAGACGAAGACGAAAUCUACGACGCCAUUCUUGCCGACGAACCACUCUACCCCAUUCACAUGCCGCGCGAUUCCGUAUCAAUCCUCCAGAAAUUGCUUACCCGUGAGCCUGAGAUGCGUCUCGGAUCUGGGCCGACUGACGCGCAAGAGAUCAUGUCACAUGCUUUCUUCAGGAACAUCAACUGGGACGACAUUUACCACAAGAGAGUAGCCCCACCGUUUACGCCGCAGAUCACUAGCCCGACGGAUACUAGCAACUUUGAUACCGAGUUUACAAGCGUCACACCUGUGCUUACACCCGUGCAGUCUGUGCUUUCGCAAGCCAUGCAGGAAGAGUUCCGUGGCUUCUCGUACUCGGCUGAUUUCGCCUAA